AUGUUUCAGUUGUCUAACUUGUCUAAUCUCUCGUCGACGUCGUCGUCCUGUCAAAACUUUGCUGCUCGAGGAAAACCCAAUAAGGAUUUCGACAUUAGGCAUUUGAUGGCAUCAUAUGAAGACACAAAAGAAGAGAGUUACAGAAGCGUUCAGAGAAUUGUGAAGAUAUGGAUAGUCUGCUUGGGAUCAUUUUCAUUAAGCAUGGUGGGUGGGCUCAUAUUGGCUUGGUGGGAGUUUUAUUAUCAUCCUACAAAUGAUCAGCAGUGGAUGGUGCCUAUUGGUCUCGUUCUGUUUGUUACACCACUCAUAGUUUGGUUAUCAGUCUUUAUAUCAGAUAUUUGCAACUCCUGCCCAAACUCCCUGGAUAGUUCACCGGAGAAGCCAUUUCACGAUCCCGAGAGAUGA